AAUACAGACAGAUCAAAGGACUGGUACAAGACAAUGUUCAAACAGAUCCACAAGAUAAAUAGAGACACUCCUGAAGAAAACCCUUAUUGCCCUACCUACAUAUUUCCUGAACUUCCUGAAAUCCAGCAAAAAACUGAAGAAGACAAUCCUUAUUCUCCUACAUACCAGUUUCCUGCGUCUACUCCUAGUCCUAUCUCUGAAGAUGAAGAUUCUGAUUCAUACUCUCCUCGUUAUUCCUAUUCUGAGGACAGCAGAACCCAGCUUUCAGUUCCCCGCUCUAAGAGUGAGAUGGACCACAUUGAUUCAGAGAAGGUUGUUAAGAGGUCUGCCACUUUGCCACUGCCAAACCGUACCUCAUCGCUGAAAUCCAGCCCAGAAAGGACUGACUGGGAGCCUCCAGACAAGAAGGUGGACACCAGAAAAUACCGUGCAGAGCCCAGGAGCAUUUAUGACUACCAGCCAGGAAAGUCCUCGGUUCUGAACAAUGAAAAGAUGACUCGGGAUAUAAGCCCAGAAGAGAUAGAUUUAAAGAAUGAACCUUGGUAUAAAUUCUUUUCGGAAUUGGAGUUUGGGAAACCGCCUCCAAAAAAGAUUUGGGAUUAUACUCCUGGAGAUUGCUCUAUCCUUACUAGAGAGGAUAGAAAGACUGAUCUAGAAAAAGACCUCUACCUCUACCAGACUGAGUUAGAGGCAGAUUUAGAAAAAAUGGAGAAGCUUUAUAAAGCGCCACAUAAAAAGCCACAGAAGAAUACAGCAGGUGUUACUCCUCUGGAAACUUCCACAGACUAUUCUUCCUACUCCACGUACUCACCCAACUACCAUGCAGUGAAGAAAGAGUCAGAAGCAGCACUGGGGGACCCUGCUGGCUUGGAGAAUGAAAGACAAAUUUACAAGAGUGUGCUGGAAGGUGGAGAUAUCCCAUUCCAGGGGCUGAGUGGUCUCAAGCGACCUUCUAGCUCUGCUUCCACAAAAGUGGAUCGUAAAGGUGGGAAUGCUCAUAUGACUGCACCCUCUUCAGUUCAUAGCCGAACCUUUAACGCUAGUCAUGCCGGUAUGUUAGGUCACGCAUGUAAACAUAAGAAGCCCUUAUCAGCUGCAAAAGCCUGCAUUACUGAAAUCCUCCCUUCUAAAUUCAAACCCAAACUAGCAGCUCCAGCUGCCUUUGUGCAGGACAAGAAAGAUAUCUUGCUGUCUCAUGAGAAAGCUCAAAGCUGCGAAAACCUUCGUAGCUCCGUUGCCUUGUUCGAUAAUAAAAAAGCUUUGAUGGUAGAUAUAGGGGAAAGCAUAGAAAAUAUGUUGAUGAAGUCAAAGCAGGAGUAUACCAUCAAAUCCGGCAGUACCAUGAGCCUGCAGGAGUAUGGCACCAACUCUAGGAAAGGCAACCUGUUCCCUGCCUCCAGGAAGAGUGGGAUGGAGUUUACGAUGCUGUAUAAAGACAUGCACCAGAUCAACCGGUCCAGGAUCCAUUUGGGCACAGUCUCCUCCUGCAGUGUGAGGGAUAUUGCAUCUCAGUUUGAGAAUGAACCAAAGGACAGGUUGGAUCACAACCUUAGUCGAGAGGAUUCAGAGCAGAUCCCCAAACACACCGUUUCCUCCCGUAUCAGUGCCUUUGAGCAACUGAUCCAGAGAUCCCGAUCAAUGCCCGCGCUUGACUUUUCCACUGGACAAAACAGAUUCACCACUUCUCUCCAGUCUAAAACUUGUCUGAGUUCUGCCUACUCUGCAGAGAUUCUUCUGGAUUUGCCAAAAGCACACCAAGAAGAGAAGGAUGCUGCCAGCUUGGCAGACAAAUCCUCCCGCUCCUGCAGCAACGUGGAGGACACGGCUUCAGAUGUCAGUGAUGCCAUCCCUACGGACACGCUUUCAGCUUGCACAGAUGAGAUAGAUCUCCUCUCAAAUGCAUCCAAUGACAGCGGCAGCGGCAGCAGCAACCUCAACGGGCCUCAGAAGCAUAAAAUCAGCAGAUGCAAAGGCACAUGCCCAGCUUCUUACACCAGGUUCACUACCAUCCGAAGGCAUGAGCAGCAGCAGGCCUCCAGGAACCCUGAUUCCAGAGGGGAUGUGUACGGGGACAGACAUAUGCUCCCCAGAAACGUCUACCUAAUGAGCCCGCUCCCCUUCCGAUUGAAAAAGCCUUUCCAAAACAAGUCCUGCAGGACUCCACCCCCAGACUGCCUGGGAAGCCCAGCAGUGCCCAGCCCUGAGAACCCAGACGACCCCAUACAGCUGCAGGAGGGCAUAGGAGACAGGAGUCACCAUUCCCAGCACCACCUGUGCUCCAGAAACAGGCCUCUAGCCCCCAGGCGCCUGUCUUCCUUUGACAUUGUGGAGAGGCUUGGCUACUUCCCCACCGUGGGAUCUAGCCGAGAUGGCUUCAUGGGCCGGGCUGACACUCCUGACUCCUUAGACAAUGGGAACCCUGUUCUAUAUGCCCUCUGUCACAGCCUGGACACAAACAACAAUCCGCAAAGUGAACUUGGGACGUACCUAGGAGAUUCAGAAUCACCAAGGCAUUUUGCACCAGCUGAUUACAUGGAAACUCCAGAAGAAAUUCUGCGCAGACGGCAUGAUGAUAAAGAGAAACUUUUAGAGGACCAGAGACGGCUUAAACGUGAGCAAGAAGAAGCUGAUAUUGCAGCUAGAAGGCACACAGGGGUUAUUCCAACGCACCAUCAGUUUAUCACUAAUGAGCGAUUUGGGGACCUCCUAAAUGUAGACGAUACAGCAAAGAGGAAAUCUGGGUCAGAGAUGAGACCUGCUAGAGCCAAGUUUGACUUUAAAGCACAGACGCUAAAGGAACUUCCUCUGCAAAAAGGAGAUAUUGUUUACAUUUACAAGCAGAUUGACCAGAACUGGUAUGAAGGUGAACACCAUGGCAGAGUUGGCAUCUUCCCACGAUCAUACAUAGAGCUCCUCCCACCAGCUGAGAAAGCUCAGCCCAAAAAGCCAUCACCAUUGCAAGUAUUGGAAUAUGGAGAUGCUAUUGCUAAGUUCAACUUCAACGGGGACACCCAAGUGGAAAUGUCUUUCAGAAAGGGUGAAAGGAUCACGUUGAUUCGACGAGUGGAUGAGAACUGGUAUGAAGGAAAAAUCUCUGGCACCAGUCGCCAAGGCAUCUUCCCUGUCACUUACGUGGAGGUGCUCAAACGGCCAGUGGUCAAGAAUGCCAUUGACUAUCCUGACCCACCAGUGUCUCUCUCCCCUAACCGCAGCAUGACAGCUUCACCACAGUCUCCCAGCUCUGAGCUGCUCCAUACACCAACUCCUCCGCCUUUGCCCUCGGCGCGCCGCGCCUUGUCUCCAGAGGUGCAGGCGGUCACGUCGGAGUGGAUCGCUCUGACCGUGGGAGUGUCUCCUAGCCCCACUCCCGCCAUAACUCCUCCAUUGCCUCCUCCGCCUGAAGCCUCCCUCUCUCACACUGACUAUCUCUCGCCUUCUGCUGCAGCCAGCCCUUCCCCCACGGUCAGCCUCCAGCACUCUCACCUCUCUGGCUCCUCGACUCCCAGGCCCAUUAAAUGCCCAUUGCCCUCUUACUCAGCCGGACCUCAGUCGCCUGCCGGCAGUUUCUAUCGGGCCGCUCCGCAAAGCGAAGAGAAGUUUGCUGGCUCCCCUUCUCCCAGCGUAAGCUACUCCAACUCCCCUCGCUGGGCAAUGGAGAGCCCUGACAGCGUCCUCCCAGAGCAGCGUGACACCGCUAGCAGCCCAGCCUGGCUCCAAAAGAGUAGAGAGGGCAGCAGCAGCCCCCAGCAGGGUGCUCAUGCCGUUCCCAAGAUCUCUGUCGAGAGCUGCCUGAAACCAUCCCAACUAGACAUGCGUGCGAGCCCAGAAAGGAGACCUGUGGGUUCCUCUGAGGACAACCAGUUGUGUCAGGAGCUAAUGGCUAUUGUGCAGGGAGGUAAAACAGAGAAAAGAGCUGUGAGGAAAGGUGAUCUGGGAAAGUUUCAAAGCAGGGAAAAGAAGACUGCAGACUCAAAAGCAUUCUCUUCAUCUGCUCCUCUCUCUUCCUCUGCCCUCUCUUCCUCUACUGUCACAACACAGCCACCUCCCAGACUUACACGCAGAGUCAGUAAGCCACAGCCUUCCCACCAUUCAUUGAGAGCUGGACCAGAUCUCACAGAGUCUGAAAAGAGCUAUGUGGAAGCUGUUUGCAAUGAGAUCAUAAACAUUGCAGAAAAGUCUGUUCAUUACUGCAGUACUAUUUCUCAGCCUCUUGACUCUCGCCACAAGGUGACCUCUAAUGACCAUAAACCAUCUCUCAUCAUUUCUCAGCAACCUCAAGCACAGCAGCAAGGAGCCAGCCCUGACAGAAGUCAAACACCACGAGACAUAGUUAGCUACCAAGCCCUCUACAGCUACACUCCUCAGAAUGAUGAUGAGCUGGAACUAAGGGACGGCGACAUUGUCGACGUCAUGGAGAAAUGUGACGACGGCUGGUUUGUGGGUACAUCCAGGAGAACGAGGCAGUUUGGCACCUUCCCAGGCAACUACGUGAAGCUUCUGUACCUGUAA